AUGUUCGAGAAAAAGUUCAACAUUGAAGUACAAACUUUACAGCCUUUACGUGAGUUUCUUGCACAACUGAAAGAAGAAGGUAGUCAGCCACAACUUAUAGACUUUCAUUAUGAAUUUAAUGAAAAUGAAGAUGGAACUCAUGACUGUCAGUUUGUUAUAUAUUCACCAUUCAAUGAAGUAGCUAAAAAGAAAGAAAAUCCAUUACGUAUAAGAUUUCAAAUCUCUGAACCAAGUGAUGAUUUCAAGAAUGUUUUCAAUUAUGAUGCAAUGCUUCCGAGGAAAAAUGAAUUUUCAAAGAUUGUAACACCUGGCAUUUGGGAUAGAAAGCAAGCUAUAUUAUAUUCAAACUUAAGUAAGGGAGUUGAAAAUGAGUUCAUUGGUCAUACAAGAACUUCACCACUUCCUAACCCUAAAUACUAUAAAUUAACUGGCUUCAAUCGUGAGUUUUGGAUAGACAUGUUCUCCACUCAUGACCAUAACUGCCCAGUGUUCUUACCUCCAGACCAUAAGGACUGUCUCUACAUUGAAGCACAACUCUUAAACUCUACCAUCGCAGUAUUGUAA